CACCGUUUAGGACACGCCCAUCGCGCAAAUGUUAUGAAUGAGAACAAAGCGAGGCACGCCUUGGAAUCUGAUUGGAUGUCGGAGAUUUAGAAGGCGUGGUUAUGCAGAGCAGGUAACAGGCGUGAGCCAUGCGCUCGGCUGAACACUGAAGAGGUUACAGGGAGCGUGGCGUCACCGUGGGAACCAAGAGGCUGAUCUACUGUCAGAGGAGGUUUAAGGAGUCGCAGUUCUGCCUCUCUCCGUCUCUCAGAACGCACGACUCUCUUCUGAGCUCCACAAGCGAACUCUGUGUACUUUAUUUUUGCCCCGGUUACGCUCGCACCGCCACGCAGUCUGGCCGUGAACAGCGCAUGGUGUUCGGUAUUGCGGCUGUGCGCGCGCGGUACCGACGGAGACGCUGUCACCGGUGCGCUGAUGGAGGGGCAGGGGCAAGGGCAGAUUAGUCGCUGUAAGAUCGUGGUGGUCGGGGACACUCAGUGCGGCAAAACAGCCCUGCUGCACGUGUUCGCCAAAGACAGCUAUCCCGAGAGCUAUGUUCCUACGGUGUUCGAAAAUUACACCGCAAGCUUUGAGAUUGACAAACACCGGAUUGAGCUGAACAUGUGGGACACAUCAGGCUCGUCAUACUAUGACAAUGUGCGGCCGCUAGCAUACCCAGACUCGGAUGCGGUGCUCCUUUGUUUCGACAUCAGCAGGCCUGAGACUCUGGACAGCGUUCCAAAGAAGUGGCAGGCUGAGGCUCUGGAGUACUGUCCCAAUGCUAAGCUAGUCCUAGUGGGCUGUAAGCUUGACAUGAGGACGGACGUCAGCACCUUGCGAGAACUGUCCAAACAGCGCCUCAUACCCAUCACACAUGAGCAGGGCAGUCUGCGAGCACGGGAGCUCGGCGCUGUGGCGUACGUCGAGUGUUCCUCACGUAUGUGCGUAAACAGUGUGCGAGACGUCUUUCACAUCACCACUCUCGCGUCCGUCAGACGCCCCGCCACCGGGCUGAAACGAAGCUCCUCUCGCCGCACCCUCAAGCGCAUCUCCCAUCAGCCCCUGCUGCCAAUCAACUCCCACACCACACCCCUCGAACCCUCCCCUACACUCAGGAAGGACAGAGCCAAGAGCUGCAAUGUCAUGUAGAGAAAAAAAAAUGCAACAAACACAGAAACAAAUCAACACAGCUGUGUCCUGAGCUCGUCCUUCUAAACUGGAUUUCUCACAGCUGUGGUCUGUUAUGAAAUUAAAAUUCUAUGCUUCUAUGCUGUACAAAUGUGCUAAUGAGUGCCACAGAGGACUAUUUAUUGACCAUGAAGUUGUUGUUGUUUAUUAUUUUGUCACUGAAAGUAAGCAAGAAUACAGAGAUUUUAUGGGA